AUGAUGCUAAUUGAAAUACUUGCGCAAGAGUGCGGAGCGCUAUACCGGUGGAAGGGGACAGGUGGAUCGCAGGUGACGGUGAGAAAAUCCGCAACGAGUCGAGAGGACACGCUCGACGCGGAGGACGUGAGUCGCAGGGGCAUGGAGGAAUGCCAGAGGAAAUGGAACACCCCGACGAAACAGAGGUGGACCUAUCGCCUGAUCCCGGAGAUGAGCGCCUGGGUACACCGGCAGCAUGGCGAGGUAAACUACUACCUCACGCAAUUGCUGUCGGGAGAUGGGUGCUUCAGGGAAUCCCUGCAUCGAUUUGACUAUGAGGAUUCUCCAGACUGCCCUGCCUGCCCAGGCGCAGUGCAAGAUGCAGAGCACAUCUUCUUCGUUUGCCCGCGGUUUGUAACCAACCUUCCAAUGGCUGCCUGGGAGGCAGCUAGCAACUUCGCGGCGGAAGUGAUGACGGAUCUGAGGAGGGAAGAGCGGCUUUGGAGAGAGUUUACCUAUCAGGAGGAGGAGGAGGAGCAGGAUCCACUGGAGAGACGCUGA